AACAGAUACAAGUGUUGACUAAACACGAAUCCUUUUUAACAUAGAAGCAGAGUGAAGAAGAAAGAGGCAGUAGAAGAGAUGGGGUUGCAUGGGUGCAGCAGCAACGGCCACCUAGACGACUCCAAAUUCAGUGAGCCAUUGCCAUGGAUCGGGCUCUAUAUAGCAGCAGCCUCUCUGGCAUGCACCCUUGCCAUGGCCUACGAUGCCUUUCGUGCUUUCCAUCACAAGAAGCUUUGGUUCCCAAAUAGAACCUUCCCACUGAACGCUACUUCCUUGGCCCUUGUAGCCAUCGCCACAAAAAUACCCGUCGAUCUCAAUACGCCCAUGCCCCGCUGCCAGGAUCAGCUGACCAAGCUUAGCGGCACUGUCCUCAUCUGCACUGUGAUGGGCAAUUUCAUGCCGUCUUUAGGGGCGAUGGAAGUGUCUGAGAUGUUUGCAAACUUCAUUGCGCUGUGCAUUCUCGUCAUUACUGUAAUUGUCAACAUUGGAAUCCAAAUGGGUACUGGUGUGAUUUACGUUUUCAUACCCGAACAUGCUGCGAUCAUGUUUCUCAUGCUACUUCUGCUUGUUAUUUUGGGUUGCUCAGCUUUAAUCGUUCCCACCGCUAACCAGUUGCUAGAACAACAGUUCAAAAGCAAACAUCGACAGGUUUCUGAUAAUGGAUUGGAUAAGGUUGGGGUGUCUGCAAUUGAAAAACAGAAAGCGGAUGUGAAGAAGUAUUGGGUGAUGGCUGGUACCUCUAAUCCUCAAUAUGUUCUCGGGCGUUCUGCAUUGUCAACUGCUUCAGGAGCUUUCUGUCUCCUUGCUGCUCUGAUCUUGCUGGAAGCAAUGGUCAAGUCGCUUGUCACAGGAUCUUUCAACUUCUGCAGCGGCGAAUCUGACUACAAGUGGUCAAGUAUGUUCGUUUUAAUGUGUCAGGCGGUUGCAGUAGCAGUGGGCACCAUCGCCCCUGCUCUUAGAUGGUUCAAUGCUGUUGGCUUCCACAGCCUUCAUGAAAGAUCAGGGAGCUUCAGAGAUGAGUUCCGGGUAGAGACUUGGUGGAUUCUGCUUUUCAUCGAAGCCAAAGAGAAGCAUUUGCCUUUUGGGAUUAGCGGCAAGAGCAGCAGACGCAUUAGGAAGAUUGCCCACAUCUCCAAAAACCGAAUUCUUGAUCUCCUUAUAGCAAUCCAAAGUGCAGUGGUAUUGGUAAGCAAAUCCAUUCGUCUGGUCUCGGUAGUGUCCGUGUGCUCUCUCAAAAGGUUGUCUUCAUUUUUCCACUGCAAGAGAUUACUGACAAAGCUGGCACCCAGUGAAAGUAUGUUCAUGGAGAGAGGAAGUAUGUUCAUGGAGGGAGGGUCUGAGUCGGGGUCCGGCUCAAAUCUGAACCUGAGGGAUUUUGCACUUCAUCUCGAGGGGGAGGACUCACUGGUGAAGAUGAUUGCGAGAAAUGGAUGCGACUUCAUAGACCGAUGGAUAAGGAAUGGCACUAAGCGCGAACCAACUUACUUGAUAGAACUGCUAAGGAAGUCUACAGCUUCAGAAGGUUUCAAGGGAGUGGGCGAGUUUGACAGUGACCAGAUUCCCUCGAUAACAUGGGCAGAGCCUCCAAAUUGUUGGGCUCUGCCAGUGGUGACCCUCACAAGCAUUGCCAUCGCGCUUCCCAACACUGAUCCAUGUGCGAUCAAAUCGUUGUUGUGUGGAGUACAUGAAGGCCUCAGGUAUGUAAGGGUCGUGGAAAAGACAGUGGAUGCCGAAGGGCGAACUAACAUGAAGGUAGCUGCAGAUAGUGUCUGGGUGAGUGUCGAUAUUUACAAUUGCUGGCUCCAUGAGAAUCUUAGCAAAUUUGCCAGUGAAGGAAAAUGUUCUAAGAAGGUACUCGAAGAACUUGCAGAUGUCGGAAGGAAACUUGUUCUGGAGUUUACGAAUGGGAUUGGACAAAAUAAAAUCCCACUUGAAUGGCCUCCCAAGGUUUUGGCAGCCAAUUCGAUGUACAGAGUCUGUCAAACUAUUCUCCAAGAUUACAACAAAUUUGGGACAGAUCACAAAUUGCUUGAAUGGUUACAGAUGACAAUAGCCGAUAUAUUGGCAGCUUGUUUUACCAACUUACCACGUGUUAUAUCUAUGAAAUGUCUUUGCGGUGCCAUUGAAGUGAGGGCACUGAGCGUUUUGGAAGCAGCAUCUCUUCUUGGUGAAGCUGAAAACAUUCUAGCAACCAUUGGGCAAAAAGCGUUCUCCGAUCUGGACCCUAAUCAAAUGGCGUGUAUUGAUGAAUGGCGUUUGUGCAAGAAGAGGAACCCAUCAUGUGUCCUUCCUUCUGAUGAUGGAUACAAAGGGUCCUUUCUUGAUGAUGUUCUUGAUUGGAUAAGGUGUGCAACCUUCAUUUGGUCUCCGGUCCUGUUGUGCUAUUAUAGCUAUAGGUGAGUGCUGCAAUGGUGGCCCUGGGAGUCUCUACCAAAGGAACAUAAUUCGUGUUAAAGAAAGCAACCUAGUACAUGCCUCAUCCCAGCAGUUUGCUUAAUCAGUGAGUUUCUUCCAUCUCUACAUCAGGUUUCUUUUAAAGAAAGCAACCUAGCUCAUGCCUCAUCCAAGCAGUAUUCUUAACAUGUGAACUCCUGCCAUCUCUCUAAAUCAGGUUUCUAUCAUGCAACAUACACAAGUGCCGUCGACAUUAUUUUAACAACAAUUCCUUCAAUGUGAAGGAGGAGGUCACCUGCCAUCUGGAUUCAGUUUGGAGGACUUUCUUCAUUUCUCUCAAUGUAGAAUGGGGUUUCCACAUUUCCCAAGCAAAGCACUGUUUCAAAAUUGAAGCAUGGCAAACAUUCAAAAAGGCCACCUUAGCAUGAUCUCAGAUUGUUGCUUCUUUGAAUCAAAUCCCAAUCCUUUAAGUCAGUCUUAUUCCUAAUGUAUGCAUGAUUUAAUUUAUACAUAGAUAUCUUAUCCUUAUUUCCAAA